AUGACCACCGCCACUACAACAACUGAUAAUCCUGACGCAAAAGUUGAGGAAUCGGACGUUACUAGUUGGUGUGUUAUCUGGCUUGACGAUGAUGCAAGCACUGCAAAUAAUCGAAUACAAGAAGACCAUUUACGUUCUAUGGUUAACCAUUUGGAGGUAUUUCAAGAUGUAGAAUCAUGCCGUAAAUAUAUUAAAUAUAUUCAAGAACGAUCAAAAGCAGAUAAACUAAGAUUAAUAGUUAGUGGUAAAUUGGGACGACAGAUUGUUCCUUCUAUUCAUAAAUUAGAAGAAAUCGCAUCAAUCUAUGUGUAUUGUCUCGAUAAGCAAAGUCAUAUUCAAUGGACUAAGCCAUUUUUCAAAGUAAAAGCUGUUAUUGAUAGUUUUGAUCAAUUGCUGUCUGAAAUGAAAGCUGAUCAUAAAAAUCCAACCAAACUACAAGAUUCAUUAAUUUUUGACAGUUUUGACAAAACAACAGCCCACGUCAAUGCUCAAUUCGUUUACUUUCAAAGUUUGAUUGAUUGUUUUCUACGACUAAAAUAUAGUCAAGAAGAUAGAAAGGAACUUCUCGACUACUGUAAAGACCAAUAUAAAGGUGACGAACGCAAUGAGAUUGAUGACUUCGAAACGAAUUAUUCACCUGAACACGCUAUAGAGUCGUACACACGGCCCUCAUUCUUUUUCAGGGAUAUCAAUAAAGCUUUUCGCACCAAGAAUUUCCAUAAAAUAUUUUUAUUUCGCCCAUACAUCGCUGAUAUUCAUCAUCAAUUAAAUCAAUUAAAAGAAAAGCAAUCUAAGAAUCCUUUAAAAGUUUAUAGAGCACAACUUUUGUCGAAAUCGGAGUUAAACCACUUGCAACGAUGUCGUGGUAAACUUAUUUCAGUGAAUUCAUUUUUUUCUACUAGUCUUAAUAAAACAACCAGUCAAGAAUUCAAUAAUGAUAGCGUAACACAAGAUUUGGAGCGAAUACUAUUUGAAAUAGAUGGCGAUCCAAAAAUGGCUACUACAAAGCCAUUCGCCAACAUCACAGAUAUUAGUUGCUUUCCUGAUGAAUCAGAAGUACUUUUUAUGCUUGGCUCUAUUUUUCGCUUGCAAAACAACCCUUUUGAUCAAGAUGGUACAGUAUGGAACAUCAGAAUGACCUUAUGCAGCGAACAUGAGCAUGAUUUAAAAGAUGUUCUUGAGCAAUUGAAAAAUGAAUAUGGCAUUGGAGAAAUAGAUUAUCGAAUAUUACGAAAACGGCUAGUCUCAAUGCGUCAAUACGAUUUAGCUAGGCAAUGCUAUACUCGUUUCUUAAACGAACUUUCAGAACGUGAUGCACAACGCGUUGAAUUAUAUGAAGAACUUGCGCAACUGGAAACACAAGAUCACGGCGAUACGAGCAGUGUUGAAUGGAAAAGAAAGGCGCUCGCAUUCAAAGAGAAAAAUCCUUUAACUUGUAUACCCAUUACUACCAAUACAGAGACUACUUCUAUUGAAGAAGGAUACAGUGUUGCUGGAGGACACGGAGAAGGUGAAAACAAAAAUCAACUCAAAUAUCCUGUAGGCCUCUGUAUUGACGACGAUGACGAUGAUCUAAACAUAAUUAUUGCUGACCAAUUCAAUCAUCGGAUCAUUCAAUGCAAGAGAGGUAACACGGACGGAGAAGUUGUUGCUGGCGGAAAUGGUGAAGGGAAUGAAUUGCAUCAAUUGAGUAGCCCAAGUGAUGUGUUGAUUGACAAGCAGUCGAAUAGCCUCAUGAUUUGUGAUCGAGGUAAUCGACGUGUUGUUCAAUGGCCUCGAUGUAGGGGAACAACUGAUCCAAAAGUUCUUAUCAACGACAUCGAAUGUCGGGGUUUGGCGAUGGAUAAUCAGCGAAAUCUCAACGUAUUCGACACUGAAAAACAUGAAGUAAGACGCUAUGAUAUACAUCUGGGGGGCAAGCAAGGAGUUCGCGUUGCUGGCUGGAAUGAUAAAGGCCGUGCUAUAAACCAACUCAACUAUCCCACAUUCAUCUUUGUCGAUCGACAGCAAAAUCUCUACGUAUCUGAUAGCCACAACGAUCGUGUCAUGAGAUGGAAUAAAGGAGCCACAAAAGGCGUUGUAGUCCCUGGAGGAGAAGGCAACGGAUAUCCCGGAAGACAAUUGUCGGAUCCACGCGGAAUCUUCGUCGAUACAUUAGAUACCCUUUAUGUCGCGGAAAUGGUAAAUAAUCGUCUGACACGUUGGCCCCAAGAAGCAAAUGAAGGUACUGUGAUUGUAGGUGGACAUGGUGAAGGAGAAAAAGCGAAUCAGUUCAAUGGUCCCAAUGGCUUGUCCUUUGAUAAACGUGGUCGCAUCUAUGUUGUGGAUCACAACAAUCAUCGAAUUCAAAGUUUUUCUCUUAUUCCCAAAAUACGCAUUGAUGAAGUGUGGGAAGAAAAAGGUUUCACUGUUGCUGGAGGACAUGGAAAAGGCGACGCAAAAAAUCAACUGAGGAAACCUUGGAGCUUCUGCAUUGAUGAUGAUGAUCAAAAGAUAAUUAUUGCUGAUCAAUCUAACGAUCGCAUCAUCCAAUUCAAGAGAGGUAACACAUAUGGAGAAGUUGUUGCUGGUGGAAACGGCAAAGGUGAUCGAGUGGAUCAAUUGAAUAUCCCAAGCGAUGUUCUGAUUGACAAGCAGUCGAAUAGUCUUCUGAUUUGUGAUCGAGGGAAUCGGCGUGUUGUUCGAUGGCCUCGGCAUAGGGGCAAAACUGAUCCAGAAAUUCUCAUCGACGAAGUUGACUGUCUCGGUUUAGCGAUGGAUAACGAGGGUAAUCUCUAUGUAUCCGACGGUGGAAGACAUGAAGUAAGACGAUAUGAAAUACAUCUGGGGGACAAGAAAGGAAUUCGCGUGGCUGGCGGGAAUGAAAAAGGCGAUGAUAUGAGCCAACUAAACUAUCCAACAUGCAUCUGUAUCGAUAGACAACAAAAUCUCUACGUAUCUGAUAGCAAGAAUCAUCGUGUAAUGAAAUGGGAAAAGGGUGCAAUAGAAGGGGUUGUUGUCGUUGGUGGAGAAGACAAUGAAUAUUUCGGAAUCUUCAUAGAUCCGUUGGGUACUCUCUAUGUUGCAGAAUUACAGAAUGAUUGUGUGACACGUUGGCCCGAAGGAGCAAAGGAAGGUACUGUGAUUGCAGGUGGACAUGGCGAAGGAAAAGAAGCGAAUCAGUUCAAUGGCCCCAGUGGUUUGUGCUUCGAUAAGCGUGGUCACCUCUAUGUUUUGGAUUGUGGGAAUCAUCGAGUUCAACGUUUUUCACGGAAACAGAGGGGGCUGUCACUCACCGGGCUUUUGAAAGAAACAGUGCAAGUAGUUGUCCGACUUAUCAAUAAUAGCGAAUAA